CCGGCUCCACGCGUUCCUUCGUCCAAAGUCCACUGGUCCACGUUCCGUUCCAUGUUCAGCAGAUUUUGGCACGUUCCACCUUUGUUCCAAAACCAAAACGUCGUGACGUCGCUUCAACUGGAUGUUUGCUGAUUAAUAUAAUCUCUGAAAGUAGGCAAAGGUGAUGAUAAGAGAUCGUCUGCAGCAAUGGCAUCAGCAUUGGAGCAGUUUGUAAAUAACGUUCGAACGUUUUCGAAGCAAGGCAAUUUUAGAGAACUAUAUGAUAUUAUAAGCAAAAGCGUCGAAGUAUUAACGAAAAAUGGACAACAUUUGGACAAUGUUUUGGAAACGUUGGAUCUGCAGCAACAUUCGUUAGGUAUUCUGGCAGUGCUUUGUGCAAAAUUUUCACUGCCUAAUCCCAACGGUGGAAAUAAUUCUGAUGCGCCGAAAGUCUUGUUUAAUCAGGUUCAGGAGUUUAUUAUCGGCUGUAAUGGAGAACAAGUUAGAUUUGCACCAGACACAUAUGCAGAGUUAUGUCAUAUGUUUACACAGAGCUUAGUCGAGUCAAAAACGCCAUUACGUGGAAUUGAAUUAUUGCGCCGCGCAAUACGUAAAAUACAACUUUUUGACAGUCAGCUGACUUCAAUACAUGCAGACUUGUGCCAAUUAUGUCUUCUGUCCAAGUGUUUUAAACCAGCACUCGAGUUUCUCGACAUAGAUGUCACAGGCAUUAGCCAGGAAGGAGGCCAGUUUGAUUCAAAAUAUUUCUUACUGUACUACUAUUAUGGAGGCAUGAUAUAUACGGCAUUAAAGAAUUACGAUCGGGCGUUGUAUUUCUUCGAAGUAUGCGUGACAACACCUGCAAUGGCAGUUAGCUACAUCAUGCUGGAGGCCUACAAAAAAUACAUUUUAAUUUCACUGAUUUUACAUGGGAAAGUGUUAAAUUUGCCGAGGUAUACGAGUCAAGUGAUCAAUAGAUAUAUUAAGCCAUUGAGCCAACAAUAUCAGGAAUUGGCUACGGCCUACCUGGUUAAUAGCUGUGAAGAAGUGCAGAGUAUCAUCACCAAGUAUCAGCAAGUAUUUGUGAGAGAUCACAAUCUAGGACUUGUGAAACAAGUGCUUGCUUACUUGUAUAAGAAAAACAUACAGAGGCUGACCAAGACUUUUCUGACGCUUAGCUUGAGUGACGUUGCAAGUAGAGUUCAGUUGUCAGGGCCCGCUGAAGCGGAAAAAUAUAUUUUAAACAUGAUUGAAGAUGGCGAAAUUUUUGCGACUAUUAAUCAAAAAGAUGGUAUGGUAGUAUUUCACGAUGAUCCUGAAAAAUAUAAUUCACCACAAAUGCUUGCAAAUUUUGAAAAAGAAAUGGCAGCAUGCACAGAAUUAGAUAAACGAGUAUUAGAAAUGGAAGAAGAGGUUGUCCUUACUCCGCAAUACGUUCGUAAAGCUUGCGGACAAAAUGAUCAGGAUGAUCAAGCCGCUGGACCUGCACCAACAAACGUCACAAAUGCACAAGGUCAAAUUAAACAAAACACCUACUCUAUGUAACAUAUACAUGUCGUUGUGUGUUAUCUUUAUUAAAAAAUGAGAAAUCACGAAAAAUCUUGUUGAGAGUUAAGACUUCAAUAUCUGAAAGCUUGUUUUUUGAAUGAUGAUAGUAAUUAGGGAAAUAUUUUCGCGACUCGAGUGUCGCCUAUUUUGUAAACAAUUUACGAAUAAGAGUUUUUUUUAAAUCUUGUAGAUUGAAUUAAGUUAACAAUGUAUGUACAUAUACGUUACAGAGAUUUUAUUUUAUUAUUAUUUUAAUACUACUUAAUAAUAAUUUGGGUUGAUAAUAAUUUUCGCUAACGCGUUCACUUGACGCGACCACGCCUCAUUGAUACUAAAAUAUAUUACAAUUUAUAUCUUUGCAAAAUAGUAAAUAUGCAAAGUUAUUCAUUCAUCAAAAUCUCUGUAACAUGUAAUUUAAAACCUAGAUUUAUGUAAAUCCAUAAUUAUCUAUAUGAAAUGAUUAGCGUCUUUCAAGUAUUCUCACGUCAUUGUUAUAAAAUAAUAAAUAAUUCAUUUUAUACAAGAUAGUUUUCCAAAUUGCUAGUCAGCUUGUAGUAUAUCCAAAACUUGAUAAAAAAAGGUUGGUUCAAGAGA